AUGGGUGUUCCGGCAUUUUUUCGUUGGCUAAGCCGCAAAUAUCCUUCUGUGAUUGUCGAAUGCAUCGAGCAGAAGCCAAUAUCUGCAGAUGGAACAUGCAUUCCUGUAAAUUCAGCAGACCCGAAUCCCAAUGGGGUGGAAUUUGAUAAUUUGUAUCUUGAUAUGAAUGGCAUAAUACAUCCUUGCACACAUCCCGAAGAUAAGCCAGCACCUAAGGAUGAGGAUGAAAUGAUGGAGGCCAUUUUCGAAUGUAUUGACAGAUUAUUUCGUAUUGUGAGACCAAGAAAGUUGCUUUACAUGGCGAUUGAUGGAGUUGCACCCAGAGCUAAAAUGAAUCAACAGAGAUCUCGACGAUUUCGUGCAUCGAAAGAAACAACAGAAAAAAUUAAUGAAAUAGAAAGAAUACGUUCCGAAUUGUCUCUCAAAGGUGCAACCUUACCUCCUGAAAAACCAAAGGAAGAACAUUUCGAUAGUAAUUGUAUUACACCGGGUACACCAUUUAUGGCAAGAUUAUCGGCAUGCUUGCAUUACUACAUUCAUGAGCGACUGAAUAAUGAUCCAGGUUGGAGGAAUAUUAAAGUAAUAUUAAGCGAUGCUAAUGUUCCUGGUGAAGGUGAACAUAAAAUAAUGGAUUUUAUACGUCGGCAGAGAGCGCAACCCGAUCACGAUCCUAAUACACAACAUGUUUUAUGUGGAGCGGACGCAGAUUUAAUUAUGUUAGGUCUCGCUACACACGAACCUAAUUUUACAAUUAUUCGCGAAGAAUUUAAACCGAAUAAACCAAAGCCAUGUGAUAUAUGUGGCCAGUUAGGGCAUGAAAUGCGUGACUGUACGGGUGCGGAGCCGAACCAAAAACCAGAGGAGAAUACAUUUGGAUCCGAAUGCCAGUUCAUAUUUGUACGGUUAAAUGUUCUCAGAGAAUAUUUAGAAAGAGAAUUGCAUAUGCCAAAUCUACCUUUCAAAUAUGAUUUUGAGCGAGCUGUCGAUGAUUGGGUGUUUAUGUGUUUCUUCGUAGGAAAUGAUUUUUUACCUCACCUCCCUUCUCUGGAAAUUAGAGAAGGUGCAAUUGACAGACUCGUUACUUUAUACAAAAAAGCAGUAUAUAAAACAGGAGGUUUCUUGACAGAUAGCGGUGAUGUUAAUUUAGAUCGUGUACAAGUGAUAAUGUCAGAGCUUGGUGAUGUAGAAGAUGAAAUCUUUAAGAAGAGGCAACAAAAUGAAUUGGCUUUUAAACAACGUGAGAAGGAUAAAAAGAAAAGAAACGAAAUUAUCAGUAAUUUUAAGCCAACAUGGAUUCCUGCUGGCCAAUUUGCACCAAAUGCUCUUGGACAAGGGGUACAACCUAAAGCUAUCGAGGAUGCACGUUAUGAAGCUUUUAAAAUGCGUGUAAUGGGUAGAAAUUAUAAUACGAGUGCUGCGCAAAGUAGUACGAGUGCUAAUCACGCCUUAGAAAGCAUGAUGAGACCCGAGAACACUGAUAAUAAAGGACAAAAUACAGCGAAUAAAGGACAGAAACGAAAAAUUGACGAAGUGUCUAAUAAUGACUCAGAUGAUGAUCAGGCGCAUGACGAAGUGCGCCUUUGGGAAGACGGUUUUAAAGAUCGGUACUACGAAUCUAAAUUUGACGUAUCUCCCGAUAAUCUCGCAUUUAGAAAUAACGUAGCUUUACAAUAUGUACGAGGUUUAUGUUGGGUUUUACGAUAUUAUUAUCAAGGUUGUGCUUCUUGGCGAUGGUAUUUUCCAUAUCAUUACGCACCUUUUGCAAGCGAUUUUAUUAAUAUUGGUGGUCUUUCUACAGAAUUUGAGAAAAACACUGUACCAUUUCGACCACUAGAGCAAUUGAUGGGUGUAUUUCCCGCUGCUAGCCGAAAACAUGUACCUGAGCCAUGGGCGAAAUUAAUGACGGAUCCCAAAUCGCAGAUUAUUGAUUUUUAUCCAGAAGAUUUUAAAAUCGACUUGAAUGGAAAGAAGUUUGCAUGGCAAGGUGUAGCUUUGCUUCCAUUCGUUGAUGAGAAAAGAUUAUUCAAGGCUUUGGCACCAUAUUAUGACAGUUUAACAGAAGCAGAAAAAAAGAGAAAUGUUCGCGGUGACGACAGGCUGUACGUCGGAAUAGGGAACAAGGGUUAUGAUUUUGUAAAAGGUCUAUACACGAAUCGCAUUGGGUUUGACAAGGAGGUUGAGAUAAGUAUAAACGGGAUGCGAGGUACGGUGGUGCUUUCGGAAGAUUGUGUGAGUGACGGAGGCAUGUUGCCCUCACCCGUGAGAGGUUUGCCGGUCAGGAACAACAAAGUGUACUGUAUCAAGUUCAAGGAUCCCAAGUACGAUAGCAAUCACAUUUUCCUGUCUCGCAAACUAAAAGGCGCCAAUGAUCCACCGCGCGUCCUGAAGCCCCAAGACUUCGAAGCUAUGAAUCGCAAGAACGGGACACAGUGGAAGCCACAGAUAGGUUUCACUCGGUCUAACUCAGCAGCCUCAUUGGGACAAGCAGGGCACAGGAUGCUCGAGCAUCAUAUGAACCAUAAUAACAGGCCGGCUGCUUAUGCGAAUAUUCCCCCACCAACAAAUUUAUAUUCUCCGUUUCAGGGUUAUCGAAACGAGCACCAGCAGUCGGGAUACGGUUUCAAUAGCGCCGGUUCGAGUCAUACCCGUCAUGGACCAUGGGGAUCCGGUUACGGCAUGCGCCAGCCGAAUCAUCGGCCCUCGGAGUAUCAGCAACAUCGUAAUCAUUCAUCAUACGAUAAUCAUCGUCAGCAUUCCUCGCGGCAGAAUUAUCAGACCGCACCGUACGGCUACCACAGUCAACGAGGGAAUUACUCGUCGACUCGAGGAGGGGGAGGAGGAGGAGGAAGUGGAGGUGGAGGAGGCCGCCGAGAUACAUGGCGUCGAACGAUGUAGACGGUUAAGUAAGAGGUCGACUGAUUUUAAGUCGCUCAGCAUGUAUUAGUUAAGAAUUAAUUUUACGAAUCACUGCGCAUAAUAAUUGUCUAGUUAAGGUUUAUGGAUCAUUAUCAGAGUACACGUUCUAAGAGAGUGCGUUAUUAAUCAUUCAAAAGCAGUACAGCGAGACGGGUACUCGAUGAAUUAUCGGUGCAAUAAAAUGCGCGAUUGUCGGCGUUGGUGUUCGAGCACCGCGUUUCUCGAGUACUGCCUUCCGAAUACUACCAAUUAGUGUCUCUUCUGACACGAUGCUGUUUUAAGCCCAUUUCCACCAACGUAGAUUAACUUACUCUUUAUCUCUUUCUAAUUUUUGGAACUAGAAUGAGAUAACAAGUAAAUUAAACCGAGAUUAAAGUUAAUCUACGUUGGUAGAAACAGCCCUUAGGAAGGCGAACUCACGUAUUAUUUUUUUUUUUAAUAAUUUUUUAGAGGACGUACAGAUAGAAUAUCAUUAUCAGUAUGUCUCAAAAGUAACGAAGUCCGAUCAUAAAUUUGUAAUUAUAAACUCAUUGAUGAAUUUUGAUGAAAUUUUCCAUAAGCUAUAUUAGCGAUCAUCGUUGAAUUUUAUGAUAUCAUGGCAAUGGAAUGACAGUUUUGUUGAAGUACGACUUAUCCGGAUUGAAUAGAAAAGGAAACCCAUUUUGUCGAUACUUUCCCCUAUCAAAUUUUUUUCUCUGAAAGAUUCCCCUUUAUUUGAAAAUUCGUAACUGAGAGGAAACGCGCACAAAAAAAAAUUGAUAUGUAUUUGCUGUACCGGUCGGCAACAAUCCACAUGAUGUGGACGAGAAUUCAUAUUGAGCCAUGUUUAAACAAAAAAAGACCCAACGUGAAAUGUACGCGACGAAUCCAGUGAUCUCAAGAAUGACAGAUUAAAUUGUGUAAGAAUAUAUUCGAUCCUGAUUGUUAUUGCUUUACACUGUUUUCUUAUUUGCUAUGAUCUUUUAAAUGAAUACAAUAUGUUGCAUAAUAAUGGUAUUGUAUAUCCCUCCGAUACGUGCGUACGCUUAUCAGAUUACUGGUUUCGUUUUCGCGUUUAUAAAUGUAUCGGCUAUAGAUGUAUCGGCGGAAGCCUAACUUGUACGAAGCUGAUUUUAAACGGAAGUUUUUCGUUUAUAUUUCAAUCAGAUGUGUACAUUUGUAAUCGAUAAUUGUAGUGUGUGGUGGGCAGUAUAGGUUUCUCCUAUCUUUGUAUUCGAUUAGGUGCGUUGGCGCGUAUAUAAUUUGUGGAUUGCACAUUCGUGUUUAACGCAGUAAAAUAUUGGCUGAAUUAGGGAUACAAGAGUCGUCGCAUUGGAUUUCGCAUGUGAAACUAUGGUGCGCGGUGGCGUGUACUAAAUGCAACUUCAAGACGCAUUGCAUUUAACGUAGGGAUCGAUGUGACACCGAGUGACCGAACAGUCAUUUGGAAUUUCUCACUCUGUAUUGAAAUACACGAUAUUUCCUUAAUGAAAGUUA